AUGCAGGAUAUGGAGCUUCCCUUGCCCAAGCGCUGCAAAGUCAGUUCGCAAGGUUCGGGUGAUGAUAUUUUGAAGAUCCUGCGCGUUGACGAGACUUCAUUGCUGUGUGAUGCUUUCUCAGAUCUUCCGCAGUCUGAGGAAGGUAGCAUCCUGCGUGAGAUAGAAGACGAUCGAGCAAUGGUGGCUCAGCAUGGCCACUCGUCAUUGUGGCACAAAAGCUUACAGCAUGUUGUGCAAGGAGCAAUCUGUGUGCAUCGACUGCGCUUGCUGGACAUCUCUCGUAGAGAGGAAGUUUUCUUUCUCGAGCUCAUUGAAGGAAGCUCGCGGCAUGUGCGAGCUCACGGCGGCCAAUGUGCAGACAAACUUCCAGAGAGAUUGCCCUAUGCUAUACAGACGCACUUGGUUGAACUUCGUGGCUGGAAGCGAUUCGAAUUCAACCAGCUACCCAAGUUUGUUGGCGUCGACCAGGAAACAGUCAGUUCUUUGUUCCCACGAUCGCUGGUUGUGCGUUACAAAGCAUCGCGCUUGGACCGCGACUACAUAUUGAGCAAGAUUCACCAGCCAGAGGUCGAAGCAGAGAUGCAGGAUAUGGAGCUUCCCUUGCCCAAGCGCUGCAAAGUCAGUUCGCAAGGUUCGGGUGAUGAUAUUUUGAAGAUCCUGCGCGUUGACGAGACUUCAUUGCUGUGUGAUGCUUUCUCAGAUCUUCCGCAGUCUGAGGAAGGUAGCAUCCUGCGUGAGAUAGAAGACGAUCGAGCAAUGGAGCAAUCUGUGUGCAUCGACUGCGCUUGCUGGACAUUUCUCGUAGAGAGGAAGUUUUCUUUCUCGAGCUCAUUGAAGGAAGCUCGCGGCAUGAGCGAGCUCACGGCGGCCAACAACGGUGUAAUUCCUCAAGGAGUUCUGGCUCGAUGCAAGAAGUUUCUGCUCUUCCUUGAAGGUUUAUAUAGACUGCUGCCGACCGAUACACUCCGCACACCAGAAUCCAUCAUCAACGCAGUGUCGCUCUUGCUGCAUUCAAGAAACAACAGUGCAGAAUUCUUGCUUCAAGAAUGUGAGAAAGCAGCGAUUUGCGGCAGCCCCAUCGUCAACAAGAAGCGCAGAACAGCGGCAAUUGCACAAGAUGAUGAGGUCGAUGCAGCAGGGGAACAGGAUGACAACAAGCCAUGGACGCAGGUUAUGGCUAGUACUGUGGGCAAGCUGUAUGUGAAAUUGCAAAGCUCGUUGCUACAUGACCAUUUGAUCAAAUAUUACGUCGAAUGGUGUGGAAUUGACGUGCAGAAGACGGGCUCAAACAACGUUUACGUUUUCCUUCCGCAUCGGUUUUUCGGCGUCGACGAGGAAACGUUCAAUUCUUUGUUCCGACGAUCGCUGCUUGUUCGUUACAAAGCAUCUUUCUUGGACUCCGACUACAUAUUGAGCAAGAUACAACAGCCAGAGGAGCGAGGCAUUUUCCCAAAAGAUCCAACCCUGAAAGAUUUUCUGCGAUCGAGCCCGGCUUGUCUUGUAACUUUGCGAGCACUGUGGCAGUAUGCCCGAGACCAUAACGCUGCGGACUGCAGAAAAUGCCUUGACGAGUACGUUGUCGGAGGCAAGGACGAAGGCUUGACAGAGUUGUGUGUCAGGCAGGCGUGUGGACUGAAGCACACGUCGAAGCCAGAAGAUCCUGCGCAUGAUGUUGAUACUUCCAAGACAGAAGGUCAACCGCCAGCUGUAUCAGAGGAGGUUCUUGCAGUUUUACGCAAGCAACGAGAUGAGAUUGCCAGUUGGAUGAUCCAGGUGAAAAAGGAUUUCUGUACGCGCGGACAAUUACGAAGUGUUAAAGGCAAGCACGCGUGGACUGCAUUCAGUCGUCAAGAUGUAGAUGACGUUCUGCAUGCAUUGGCUGCGCAUAAGCUCAUGCACAAGAGCUCUCUGACGCUGCCCAGGUUGGGUCUAACCGACGUCUUUUCACCAAAGGUCUCCACGACAAAAUCUAUGACGGAUGUCGUCGACAUGAAGCAUGAUGACGCAGCUGCUUUUUCCAGAAGCAUAUGA